AUGUUUGGGAAGGAAGAAUAUAAUUUGACUCUCUUUAAUGUUGGAAAGGAACAUCCUUAUUCAGAAUACAUUAACAAACUUAAAAUUCCAGUACAACCCAACAAUGGUGAUAAAUCACCUUCUUUCCUUUUACACAACUUACCAGAAGCUAAUAAUGAAGGGAUAAUAAAUGGUGGUUAUGUUAAUAAAAAUUAUAUGAAUAUGUUAAAGGAAAAGGCUAUGAAAAAAUUGUGUAGAAGUGGGAAGACUCGUAGCUUGUUUGAAUUGCUAUGUCAAGUGUAUGGUAUCUAUUUUACAAUGCUUGCAGGUCAUGACAACCCUGGACCCAAAGACUUGAAUGUGGCUAUCCAUGAAAUGGGUCGUGAAUUUCAGAAAGAUGAUCCAAGGGCAAAUACUGAUAUGGCUCUUAAAGUAUAUUCAUUGUGCAUUGGCAGCUUACCAUUGUAUACAAUUUUACUUCGUUCAAUUGAAUGGCUUUAUAUGAAUAAUGUUAGUGUCAUCAUGUCUGGGACAGGAUUAAAAGUGGAAGCCAUUGAGAAGAGUUCAGUUAUAUUAAAAAAUGAAGAACAUUGCACAAUUGAUGAUGGAAUAGAAAGAUGGUUACACUUAACAAAACAAUAUAUUAUAACAUCUUUAGAAAAAAAAAUUGAAAAAUUAAAAGGAGUAACAGCAUUUGCACAACUAUCAGAACCACUAUGUGUUAUGGCAUUCAUUAAAUAUAUGGAAUCAAAAGAUAAAUCUUAUAAUCCAUUGUUAAAAGAAAUGUGUCAUAAUUUCCAAUUUCCAUCACACUGUGGUCGACUUUUUGAAAUAUUUUUAAUAAAACCACUUACACAAAUGUUCAAUGAAAGCAUUUUAUCAAAUAAUGGUAUUGUUAAAAAGGCCAUUGGCAUUGAUCAAUGUCCAGAAGUUUUUUCCUAUCCUAUAACAAUUGUUAGACCAGACUAUAAAAUAAUUCUUUGUGAACAAGGUGAUGAAGAUUUUGGUCUGGAUCAAUUUCUUGAAUCUCCAAACUCAACAUUCUUUGUUCCAGAAGAUACAGCUGGUCCAGAUUUGGUUUUUAUAGUUCAAUUUAAAGGUCCUGAUGAAAACUAUAUAGAUGUACCAGUUUUUGUUCAAGCAAAACUAUCAGUGAAUAUAAAACCAGCAAAAGCCAUUAGAACAACAGAUCCUAAUGCAUUUUAUGCAUAUCAAAAGAAAGAAAAUGAAUUAGGUUAUGAUGAACCAAAUUUCACAAAUGAGCCAUCUGUAAACCAAGAAAAGAGAAAGAAAAUUAUUGAAAUUAUUGAUAAAAAGUUUAAGAAAGCAAGAAAUAAUGGUAUCUUUUGGAUUCGAAUAUUGGUUGCAUAUCCAGCAAAAAUUCAACAAAAAAGCUACUGGAGAAGUAUUGAUAAUAGGCAUACAGGCAUGCAUAUUUCAGAAUUAAUGAUUAUAAUUGAUAAUGAUGAAGCAAAGCAUUUUUUCAAGCAAGAAGAAUUGAAUAUCUUGGAUGCUUUAAAGAAAUGUAAAGCUGAAUAUAUCACAUUUAAAGAGAAAACGGUAUGA